AUGGCAUCCAACAGCAAGACAAACAAGCCAUUCCCACCUGGCAUUCACGGCCCGUCCAUCACAUUCUUUCAGGAUGAUCAACAACAGGAGAUUGACUGGGCAACUCAAGAACGGCAUCUGGAGUAUAUGAUCACUUCUGGGAUGCAUGGCGUUGUGCUCGCUGGCUCCAGCGGUGAAUCAGCCGCUUUAAGUGUGGAAGAGAAGGGCCUGUUGGUCAAGAAAACUAGAGAGAUCGCUGACGCCCAUGGAAAGAGUGAUUUCACUGUCACCAUGGGCUGUUUGGCUGGCUCCACCCGAGACAUCUUGGUUCAAAUUGAAGCCGCCUGCAAGAACGGUGCUGAUUUUGCCCUGGUUCUGGUGCCAGCUGUGUUCCAUUGGGCGAUGACCCAAAAAGCAAUUACCGACUUUUUCGAAGAAGUGGGCGACCGGGCCCCCAUUCCUAUUGUGAUCUACAAUUUCCCCAACCUUUUGUCCGGAUUGGAUGUCAACUCCGAUAUGCUGGAACAACUUGCCGCCCAUCCCAAUAUCUCCGCGGUCAAACUGACCUGUGGAGGAGUUGGAAAGGCAACAAGGGUUGCAGCACAGUUUCACCCCAGUCAGUUCACCAGUGUAUCUGGAAUGAGUGACUGGCUGGUGCCCGCAUUUACCGCUGGAAGCACAGGUUGCAUUUCAGGUGUUGCAAACAUUUUCCCUCGGGUCAUGGUUGAAAUUUACGAUCUUUUCAUGGCCGGGAAGAUCGCAGAGGCUACUGCGCUGCAGAAGAAGCUGGUACAACCUGAAUGGGGAAUCGGAACAUCAGAUGUCAACGGAAUGAAAUGGAUUAUCGCCAGGGAGCGUGGUUAUCCCUUGUCCAGUGCACACUGCCGCCGGCCAUUCCCCAAGUUCGCAGAUUCGGGGAAGCAAGACCGUGUCGUGCGAUUGGUCGCACCCCUUCUCCCUGUUGAGGAGGAACUAAAGUCGAAGAAGGUGUAG